AUGGCCACCACGUCUCAUGCUUUCCCGUUGGCAACAGAAACCGCUGGCAAUGGUGGUUCUGGCUAUGGUGGCGGAGAUGAUAUAGGCAAUGGAGGCGACAGCUCCCGGAAUUCCAUGUCCAUUUCGACUGGAGGCUUGGUUGCAAUCGUCGUCAUUGUUGUUAUCGUCGCUAUAAUUGGAGCCUGCACCGCGACACUAUUCUUCAUUGCCAAGAAGCGCGAGUGGAAAGCAAGCGAAGUCCUUCGACAUUCAGUCAAGAAAGUAGUCACUGCCAUCACCCCCAGACGAACCGAAUUCCCAGACUCUGUAAAAAGAUCCAUGGGAUCAUCCAAGCAUGGCAGGAAGAACAAGGGCGACGACGUGCCACCUACACCACGACUUCGUCCAGAAGACCUCGAAAAGGGGCUUGCGCAAACCAAAGAGAAGAGCAAAUCUAGAGGGUGA